AUGGCACGGUUUGGCACAUCUUCAGCUAGACUUCUUAUGGUCAUGGUUGCUGCAUUACUUUAUGUGACCAAAACUAUGGCACAGAAUACCGCCACUCCACCUACGCCGUUACCGGUGACUGGAGCCGGGUUUGCAUCUCCGGUUUCCGUGGCGUUGAUCUGUUCUUCUAUGUUGGUCUCUCUUACAGCUGCUUUUGCUUUUUGCUAG